GAGGAGCCGCCUUCGCUCCUCCCACAGGCCCUGCCGAGGGCCCCUCACCGGGUUGGCCCCGCUUCCUGCCCUGCGAGGGGUGCCCCGGAGAAACCCGGCUCCCGUGCGGGCUGGCGUGGGCGGGCGGGAGCAGGCUGCGGCUCUGGUUGCGUCGGAGCUGGUGGGUGUGCUUAACCGAACUGCUUAACCUUCUCUCCCUCAUUGUGAUCUCUCUCGUUUUAUCUUGAAGUUUAAGCUCAUAUCCCAGGCAUAUGAAGUGCUUUCAGAUCCAAAGAAAAGGGACAUUUAUGACCAGGGUGGCGAACAGGCGAUUAAGGAAGGAGGCUCGGGCAGUCCUGGCUUCUCGUCGCCCAUGGACAUCUUUGACAUGUUCUUUGGUGGUGGGGGACGGAUGGCAAGAGAGCGGAGAGGCAAAAAUGUUAUACAUCAGCUGUCUGUGACUCUUGAAGAUUUAUAUAACGGAAUCACAAAGAAGUUGGCCCUCCAGAAAAAUGUAAUUUGUGAGAAAUGUGAAGGCAUUGGCGGGAAGAAGGGCUCUGUGGAGAAGUGUCCCCUGUGCAAGGGCCGAGGGAUGCAGGUCCACAUCCAGCAGAUCGGGCCGGGCAUGGUGCAGCAGAUCCAGACCGCGUGCGUCGAGUGCAAGGGCCAGGGCGAGCGCAUCAGCCCCAAGGACCGCUGCGAGAGCUGCGGCGGCGCCAAGGUCACCCGCGAGAAGAAGAUCAUCGAGGUGCACGUGGAGAAAGGUAUGAAAGACGGGCAGAAGAUCCUGUUCCACGGAGAAGGAGACCAGGAGCCUGAGCUGGAGCCUGGCGACGUAAUAAUUGUGCUCGACCAGAAGGACCACAGCGUCUUUCAGAGGCGAGGCCACGACCUGAUCAUGAAAAUGAAAAUUCAGCUUUCGGAAGCCCUUUGUGGCUUCAAGAAGACGAUCAGCACGCUGGACGAUCGACUGCUCGUUAUUGCGUCCAAGUCAGGGGAGGUGAUAAAGCACGGGGACCUGAAGUGCGUGCGCGACGAAGGAAUGCCCAUCUACAAAGCACCCCUGGAGAAGGGGACUCUGAUCAUCCAGUUCUUAGUCCUCUUCCCGGAGAAGCACUGGCUGCCUCUGGACAAGCUCCCCCAGCUGGAGGCCCUCCUGCCCCCGCGCCAGAAGGUGAGGGUCACGGACGACAUGGACCAGGUGGAGCUGAGGGAGUUCAGCCCGGGCGAGCAGAGCUGGCGCCAGCACAGGGAGGCCUACGAGGAGGACGACGACGGGCCGCGGGCCGGGGUGCAGUGCCAGACGGCGUGAGCGGCGCCAAGUGUGACCUGGGCACGAUGAAGAUGGCAUCGCCUGACGGCCUCGUGUGUGGGGUGUCUGUGUACGUGUUCAGCUCUCGGCUGCUGAGUGUCGUCUUGUUUUUUUUUUUGGUUGUAACUUAAGUUAUAGCUUAAUUUAUAUUUAAAUGUUCCAAGUGUGAAUCACCUCUAGUCUGCAUAUGGAUGUUUAUUUACACUUCCAGGAGACUUCUGAGAUGCCAGUGGCCACACCGACACUUUGUGCUUCCGGGGGCCUUGCCCCGGCGCCCACACCCGGCCCUCCCUCCCCAAGGCAGGGACCGAGGGCCUCGUCCUGGGGCUGCUGCUCUGACAUUUCCGAAUCUAGAUUCUAGAGGACCCUCAAGAGCAAAAGCACAUCUGUGGUCUGACUCCGGGACCAGCGAAUGGGGGGCGAGCAGCGUCCUCUCUCCUGGAAGCUUCCUGGCUUUGUGGGUCCGUGUUCUAGUUUUAGUGUACGUGCUGCCGGAGCGAGCAGAGUGGGUCUGUGCUCUGCGAAGCACCGCCAUGGCUGGCUGCCCGCGGCCCCGCCCCGUGUUCUGUGUGCUCUUAAUGAUUUUCUGGUGACCGCCUUUGCACUGCUCCCACAGGGCGCUUUCUGCAAAGAGCAGGAAGCCUCCCCAGGGCCCCCGGCCUCUGGGCAGCCACAGUGGGGGAGCCCGUGGGCUGGCCUGGACGCUGUGGCCCCGUCGCCUCGGCCCAGACGCGGCUCCCUUCACGUGUCGCACGGCUGCCUGGUCCCGGGCCGCUGCUCUGCCGCGCCUGCGGCGUUGGGCCCCUGCCGCCAGUGCUGGCCUGCUGGCACCCCCAGCGGGCCGGCCACAGCUCCCAUUUAGGGGCGCCGCAGCCGUCCGCCGCUCUGGCCCUGUCCUUCCCACAGCAGGCUGUCCGGAGAAACUGCCCCCCGCGCCGCUGGGCGGGCGAAAGCCGAGGCCACUGGUCCCGUCCGCCCUUCCUGGUUCUGCAGAAGCGGCGUCCGCCGCAGGCCAGGGGCCGCCCCCAGCUGGACCGGAGGGGGCGGGAGGCCCGCGGCGGUCAGGGCGAGAGUGAGCCCACCCUGGGCCCUUGUGACCACUGGUUGGGACAGACCCGAAGCCACCUCUUCCAGCUAAGCCUGUGGAAAUCUGUUCACAAGCGGAUCACGUCCGGCCCCUUCCCUGGCGCGCCAGUGGGGCCUGGAGGGCAUUGCUCAAAACUUACUCCACCUGCACACCUGGCACUUUACAGUUAAAACUGAGCCGGGUGAGAGACGGAGGCUUCUGGUUUUUUAAGUGUUCUCAAGCUAAACGAGGGGCGCUAAGUGCUCCCGCGGAGCUCUGAUGUCCCGGAGCCUGUACGUGGGGUGAGGAGAGGUGCAGACCCCGGGCCCAGACGACGGCCGAGGACAGACGGAGUGGUGGUUGGGUGGGGGCGUGGGGGGUGCUCCGGGCAGAGGAAAUGUCAAGGGCUCUGGCUUACAGGAGGGAGACCAAGACCCAGAAACAGGAGGGGCGCUGGCUCUGUUCGAAGGGUGCCGGGGGGCCUGGGGGCAAAGCACACGACCUUACCCGCAGGUGAGGUUCUUAAAACCCAGCAACGAGCCUCAGAGUGUUAGCCGUUUCCACGCAGACCGAAUUCAAGGGGCUGCUGAGAGAACCGGGUGUCGGUCCUCUGGGGAGACUGAGGCAGGGCUGGAGCCCGAGACGCUGUCAGGCCGCACGCCCCUCUAACGUUAACAGGGUGCACAGUGCAGCAGCGGAUGUUUUCAAAAUAUCAAAUAGAUGCCCAGGUAGGUAGGACUCCAGAACAUUCCCACCUGGCCAGUCCUGCGCUUGCCGGACCCCAUUCUGAGACUGGUCAGCUUCAUCAAGUCCUUCCGCGGACUCCGCACCCUGGGGGAGGGAGCCUGUGCCCGGAGGCCGCCAAGCCCAGGAAGUGCCUGGGGCGCACGGAUGCCCACACGGUGUGCGUGGAAGAGGCGUGUUCAAGAUCGCGGGUGUUGUAGAAGUACGAACAGCAUUUCCAAUAAAACAUGAAAAGAUUUAUAUUGUAUCUACAAAAUUUAAGUUUCUGCUACAAUAAAUGCUCUAUUUUGUUACGCUAGAAAGGUCAGGAAUGUCGCGAUCACUGUAUCAUUCUCUCUGUGCACCGCCCGGGCGGUGUCUACACGGGGCAGUCAUAGACGUGAACCUCCUGGUCAUCGCCGACAGACACGAUCUUUGAGCCAUUUCCAUUGUAUUUUACUCCCCAGACCUGGAAAUCAAAUAAAAAGGAAAAACAAA